AAACUGGCCAUUUAUCUUUUCAUUUAUACAUUCAUAAAGAUGUCUAAUUUAACUUCAUUACUAAUUUAAAAUAAAGACACCUACAUUUAUUACCAAGUUGUGUGUAAGCAAAUAACAUUAUUGGAUUUGGGUACUUUUACCUGAUUUUCAACUCUGUAUAGUUAAGAGAGAGGCUUUUGAUAUUAUAUACUUUUUAAAUGGACAUGUAUUGACAAAUGUAACUGAUCGUUGUAAAUAUGCUAGUAUUGAAAAAGUUAACGGCUCAGUGUGAUUGUUCGAUUAUACUUUGAAACAGUUAUGCAUUUUAGCAAGGGAUGAAAUUUUUUAGUUUUGUUUAGUUGACUACUGAAAGCUAAUAUUAAAUAAUUCUAUGAUCAUUUGUCUGAUUAUACAGUAACGAUUAAGAAAAUCCACCAUAAAUAUGCAGGACGUUGAGGGCCAAACACCGUUUGCAAUAUAAUCUGACAACAAAGAAAAGUCUCUCCUGAACUGUGACUUAGGCUCAUUUUCUGGAUUGGGAUGUACUUUCUAAUGGAGGUAAAUGGGCACAUCUGGGUCUUACAACGUAAUUCUUCUGCAGUUUAGGUUUUUGGCUUAAAUGUAAAUAUUUAAUAUCACCAAGUCUACAAUUGCACAAGCAGGAAGUUUGGGAAGCAAUCCACAUUAUUAGGAAAAGGACUGCUAUAUUCUGUCAAAGAGACAUCACGGACGGAAGGGCUCAAAAAAUUGAAAAUGUGUCUGUCACCCCUUCAUUUGGCAAUAAUGCAGAUGAAUGGAUUGGAUGAGUGUAGUGACACAAGUUUGCUGAAAGCAUUUGAGGGAUUACAGCCUGAUUACGUCAUUACUCUUAAUCUUGUCGAGUUGAAGUUUGGUGCUGAAGGCCAUACUUUAGAUGGUGGCUUAAUCUAUAACCAGUCACAAUUGUGUGAAAAUGUCCCUUUUGGUGGCGGAGGUUGCAAACUGGUGGAUCAGUCGCAGGUUUUAACAACUGUUGACAAUGUUUCUGGCCUGCCUGAAAGCUGCACAGGCUUUCUAAAACAAAACCAAGAGAAAGAGAUGGAAAAUCAAAAUUCAAGGCAAGGAUUACACCAAGUCUGUUAUAAUUCAGAUCAAGAGAACGCUGUAAUGAAAUCACAAAACUUUAAAGAGGUAGAUCUUACUAAAACAGACUACAACAAUUCACAAAGCGGAACAUUUCCUUCUGUUUCGACUCCUUUUACCUUAUUGGAACUGAACCAGAACCCAAACCCUCGAAGCCCUCACCCUGUGUCUCCUGAUUCAGGGACUUGUCACAGUGACUCUUCUUCCUCAGUUGCAAAUAGUGUCAAGUCCACUGUUACAGCAUCUUCUUCCCAGCUAUCCUUAAAUCCAAGUCUUCCAAAACUAUUUAAGACAAAAGAUCACCGGGCUCCUGUGAACAAUGCAGACAUGUUUAGAGGGUUCAAAUCAAAAGGUCUUGCCAAAAGUAAAGAGGCUGUAAAGAAAAAAGUGCUUUUCCAAGGAAACCAAACAUCAGUUUUGUCAAGUCCAAUAGAUAAUGGGAAAGAUAUUUCACUUAAACCCUUAAAAAGUAAACUCCAUAAUGAUACUGACAGUCUUCGGUAUAAGCUUCUAAAGAAACUCAAAGCAAAAAAAACAAAAACUGAGGUCACUCGAUAGGCUGUUGAACAGCACUCAAACCGUGGACGAAGGGGAAAACAAAUUACAUGGACAAGCAAACUACAGUAAUCCAGAUGAACGGUUCAAUUCAAGCAAUUUGAUUCAACAAGUCACUUUCACUGAUGCAAAUUCUGUGUAUACAGAAGGUUCUUAUGCUGCAAUAGACAGUAACCUAAAUUAUGAUGAACUUUUUGCAGAUCUUCUUGCUGCAGACACCAGUGUUAGCUCCACAGGAUAUAUGCAGCCUCUGGAA